AUGAGUAUCACGCAUACCGUGCUCUUCCAGAUGAAGGCGGACGUGAAGCCUGAGGAUGUGAAAGCGGCUUGCAGUCGCUUUCUUGCACUCAAGGACAAUUGCAUCCACCCAACAACAAACACUCCAUACAUCGCCUCAUUAAAGGGUGGCCAGGACAACUCUCCUGAGGGAUUGCAGAAUGGCAUUACCCAUGGAUUUGUCGUGGAAUUCAACUCUGCGGAGGAUCGAGACUAUUAUGUUAAGACGGACCCUGCUCAUCAGGCUUUUGUCAAGAGCAUUGGCGGCCUGGUUGAGAAAGCAAUCGUGGUUGACUUUGCUGAUAGGGUCUACUAG